AUGAGUUUUAAUAAGGAAUCAAAUUUGAGUGCUCGGUCUAAACGAAGACGUAUUCAAGAAGAAUUACAAAAUAGUAGGAAUAAUUAUGCACAUUCUUUUAAUGAGUCGCAGACACUAAUUAAUGAUGAACACUCUCAAUCCAACGUUGAUAUUUGUUUUAAUACAUCUGUAUCUCAACCAGCAUUUAAUGAAAUAAUAAAUGAAUCUUUGGUCAAUCAAAAUUCUGAAGGAAAUCAAAAUCAAGAUUACAUUUUAGAAUUUUUUAACGAAUUAGAUACUAACACAUCAUGCUUAUUCUCAUCCUCCUCGUCAGAAUCUGAAGAAGAAAAAGAUGAUUUAUUAAAUGAAACAACUGAUCAAAUAUUUAUUUUUCGUAAAUUGAUUGCUCAGUGGGCUGUUGAUUUUAAUAUACCCCAAACUGCCCUAAAUAAACUAUUAGUUUUAUUAAAGCAACAUAAAUGUUUUGAAUUUUUGCCUAAAGAUUCUAGGACUGUAAUGCAUACAAAAUCUGUUGACUCCUAUAGUAGUUUUCAUACUGUUGAACCAGGGACAUAUUACCACUUUGGUCUGUUGAAUGGAAUCAAAAAUAAUUUCCCAGAAUUGUCAAAAGGUGAGACAGAUAUCUGCAUUGUGAUAGGAGUUGAUGGCUUACCAUUAUUUAAAAGUAACCCGGAACAGUUCUGGCCAAUACUGGCAUACAUCCGUCCAGAAAGCCAUAAUGUGUUUCCAAUCGGUAUUUAUUGUGGCAAAGAAAAACCAGCCGAUAGCAAUGCAUUUAUGAAAGAAUUUAUUAAUGAAGCUAAACUUUUGAAAGAUACUGGAAUUUUAAUAAAUAACAAAGUUUAUAAUUUGAAAAUUGAUGGCUUUUGCUGUGAUGCCCCGGCGAAGUCUUUUUUAUUGAAGACUAAGGGUCAUUCAGGAUUUUAUUCAUGCUCAAGAUGCGAACACGAAGGAAAAUAUUUAUUAAAUAGAAUGUGUUUCCCUUAUACUCCAGAUUCAAGAUGUCCACCAAAAAGAACACAUGCAAAUUAUAUUACAAUGAACAAUGAAGAUCAUCAUGUUGGUAAUUUAUCUAUUAUAUCUACAUUGCCUUCAUUUGAUGUAGUUACUUGUUUUUCGCUUGAUUACAUGCAUUUAGUGUGUGUCUCGGUGUUGUUCGAAAAUUGA